AUGUACUUUACGCUCUACUUCCUUGUCACCCGCCUCCCUGACUCUCUUCGCUCAGUCAGGGACCACUUUCUCGCUCUAGACCCUACCGCUCUCACCGUCGACGACUUUGAGACGCAGCUCCUCGCAGUUGAGAAGAACAUCAGGGGUAGAGGGGCUGGCAGGGGAGGUGGGGGUGGCGGUGGAGGGGGUGGUGGUGGUGGUGGCGGCGGAGGUGGAGGAGGUGGGGGUGGUAGAGGCGGUGGCGGAGGUGGUGAGGGCGGCGGUGGUACCGGGAGCAGUGGCGGUGGCAGCGGCGGUAGUGGGGGAGGAGCCAGUGGUGGUGGUAGCAGUGGUGGCCAGGGAGCAACAGCAGCAGCAGCAGCAGCCGCAGCAGCAGCAGCAGCAGCAGCAGCAGCCACAGCAGCAGCAGCAGCAGCAGCAGUCGCAGCAGCAGCAUCGACAGCGCCAGGCCCCCUCGUCCCAGCAGCUCCAUGA